AUGGAGCCUCGCGUCGGUAACAAGUAUCGGCUCGGUCGGAAAAUUGGCAGCGGAUCAUUUGGGGAGAUCUACUUGGGGACUAAUAUCCAGACGAAUGAAGAAGUUGCAAUCAAACUGGAAAAUGUGAAGACGAAGCAUCCUCAACUACUAUAUGAGUCAAAGCUAUACAGAAUUCUGCAGGGAGGAACUGGAAUUCCAAAUGUGAGAUGGUUUGGAGUUGAAGGAGACUACAAUGUCCUAGUGAUGGAUUUGCUUGGCCCUAGCCUUGAGGAUUUAUUCAAUUUUUGCAGUCGGAAACUUUCUUUGAAGACCGUUCUCAUGCUUGCUGAUCAAAUGAUCAACCGGGUUGAAUUUGUUCAUUCAAAAUCAUUUCUACACCGUGAUAUAAAGCCAGACAAUUUUCUUAUGGGCUUAGGACGUCGUGCAAACCAGGUUUAUAUUAUUGAUUUUGGUCUGGCUAAGAAAUAUAGAGAUACUGCAACCCACCAACAUAUUCCUUACAGGGAAAACAAGAAUUUGACUGGAACUGCUAGAUAUGCUAGCAUGAAUACCCACCUUGGGAUUGAACAAAGCAGGAGGGAUGAUUUGGAAUCUCUUGGAUAUGUUCUUAUGUAUUUCUUGAGAGGAAGUCUUCCAUGGCAGGGGCUGAAAGCUGGUACCAAGAAGCAAAAGUAUGAAAAAAUCAGUGAAAAGAAGGUCUCAACUUCUAUUGAGGCGUUGUGCAGGGGUUAUCCGUCUGAAUUUGCGUCUUAUUUUCACUUCUGUCGAUCACUUCGCUUUGAGGAUAAACCUGAUUAUGCCUAUCUGAAGCGAAUAUUCCGGGAUCUUUUCAUUCGUGAAGGGUUCCAGUUUGAUUAUGUUUUUGAUUGGACAAUCCUGAAGUAUCAACAGUCACAGAUUGCUGCUCCUCCUUCUCGUGCUCUUGGCCCUAGUGCGGCAACAAGCUCAGGAAUGCCCCCGGCUAUUCCCAACAUUGAGAGGCAGCAAGGUGAAGAAGAUGGAAGACAAGCUGGGUUUUCGUCAGCAGAUCCUUCACGAAGGAGAUCUGGUCAACUUUUAAAUUCAGGCAAUCUAUCUAAGCAGAAGAGCCCUAUCACGAAUGAUUCAACAAGCAAAGACGUUAUGUUAUCAAACUCUACCUUCCUUGGUAGAUCUAGUGGGUCGUUGAGAAAAAGUGCUAUCACUGGUAGUCGUGAUACAUUUGCACUAGGAAAUGAGUCUGAUCCUAGCCGAUCUCGGACACCCGAGCCUAGUUCAGGAACAGCGCAGAAAACGUCUAGUGGACAAAGGACAUCUCCGCUUGUUGGAUCCUCAGACCCCAGGCACAUUUCGGCGGGCAAGAUUAAUUCUAGUGGGAAGAACUUUGAUUCUGCACUCAAAGGAAUAGAGAGCCUACGAUUUGAUGAUUGA